AUGAUACCAGCCUUUAGUUACCGACGAUACGAAAGCCUGAUUCCCGAGUUCCGAGCGCUUCCUUUUGAUGAACGAGUACCAACUUCCCCUGGGGUACAAGUUACUACACCUGAGCGUACCCGACAUUUUGAUAUCUAUGUUCAAGGUGCUCUAGACCAAGGCUUCUACCAUAACGUUGAGCAUGGGAUCAGUCGUCACUUAGAUGCUUACCGAUUCCUCAACACUCUCGAGCUUGAGGCGAUAGCGACUGUGAUCGAUACCCUGGAAGAUGAAAUUCAGGACAUUGGCUCCAACAUCACCGAGUCUCAAGAUGUAAUUGGGUAUACUCGUAUGUUGUUACGUUCGCGUGAACCAGAGGAUGUUCUCCAUCGCCAGAUUUACAAACAACAGCUCGAGGUUUCACGUAACAAAUAUAAAGAUUUCAUGCGGAUCCUUGACCGUUACCACAAAGAAAUUGGAAAACUCAGGGCUAUCUAUUCCAAAGAAACAUUACUCUACAUGGGUUGA